AUGACAGGAAAAGAUGAUUCAUCCUCUUCAUCAGUUACGACCGAACCCAAACAUCUCCAUCCUGUCUACUCUGUCACGAAUAUACAAAACAAGGUGCGAACCCUAGACGGCUACAAGGUGACCUAUUCGGCAUGGGUUAAACUCUUCAAGCUUCAUGCCAAGGGUUAUGAAGUUUUGCAACACAUCGAUGGCACCGGACCUCCAGCCGAAACGGAUGAGAGUUACGACUCUUGGGCCAAGAUCGAUUCCAUUGUAUUACAAUGGAUAUAUGGAACACUAUCAGAUGCUCUUUUGGUCAGAAUUUUGGAGGAUCAAACAACAGCCCAACAGGCCUGGAACAAGCUUCAGUCAAUUUUUCAAAACAACAAAAACUCUCGAGCUUCUUCUCUAUUACAUGCGUUUACUAUUACCACUUUAUCUUCCUGUGAAUCGCUGAAUGAUUAUUUUCAGAAAUUAAAGGAGAUAGCAGAACAACUCAAAGAUGUCGAUCAGCCUGUGACAGAAUUGCGGUUAGUUUUGCAGAUGGUUCAGGGCCUUCCACUGGAAUACGACACCGUCGCAUCGUUCAUCAAUCAAUCUAACACCAACUGGGAUAAUGCACGUGAUAUGAUUGAACGAGAGCAGCGAAGACAAGCAGCACGUCAACAACACUCUGCCCUUGCGGCCACACGUAACAAUAAUCCGACACCGGGUAACAGCACUACGUCGCAACCCACUAUCGGUGCUCCACCACCACCUCCUUCGGCUCACCCGGGUCAAGAAUUUGAUCCAUUUCAAUCUCGUCAAUACUCUAGAGGACGGGGACGUGGCCGGAAUUAUUGCGGUGGUCGUGGACGUGGCAGGAAUAAUAACGGGUACUAUCCACAAACCUAG